AUGUCAACGUCUGCACCGGCCACUUCUGCGCCGCGCAAGCCUAUGCCUUCUGCAUUGAAGUUCGAUCUGCAUACGAAAUGUUCAACCACGAAAGCUCGUGCCAGUACUCUGCAUCUUCCUCAUGGCUCCGUUCCUCUUCCGAUCUUUAUGCCGGUUGCGACGCAGGCGUCCCUCAAGGGCUUGACGUAUGAUCAGCUCAAACAGACCGGAUGCAUGCUGUGCUUGAAUAACACCUACCAUUUGGGGUUGAAACCUGGGCAGGCGGUCUUGGACGAGGUGGGCGGUGCGCAUAAGUUGCAGGGGUGGGAUCGAAAUAUUCUUACCGAUAGUGGCGGUUUUCAAAUGGUUUCCUUGCUCAAACUUGCUACUGUCACGGAGGAGGGUGUUCGAUUCCUUAGUCCUCACGAUGGUACACCUAUGCUGCUCACUCCGGAACACUCUAUCUCCCUGCAGAACUCGAUAGGCUCGGAUAUUAUCAUGCAACUCGAUGAUGUUAUCGCGACCACAUCGCCGGACCACGCGAGGAUUGAGGAGGCCAUGGAACGAUCGGUGCGGUGGUUGGAUCGGUGCAUUGACGCGCACAAGUACCCCGAGAGACAAAACCUGUUCUGUAUCAUCCAAGGAGGAUUGGAUCUAGAAUUGCGGAGGAAGUGCUGCGCUGAAAUGGUAGCGCGAGAUACCCCGGGCAUUGCCAUCGGCGGACUCUCCGGAGGAGAAGCUAAGGAGGAGUUUUGUAAAGUGGUCGACACUUGUACUGGGCUUCUUCCGGAUCAGAAACCGAGAUAUGUGAUGGGUGUCGGCUACCCCGAGGACUUGAUUGUAGGAGUUGCACUCGGUGCGGACAUGUUUGACUGCGUUUGGCCCACGAGGACAGCUCGAUUUGGAAACGCGGUGGUCCCGUCUGGCACUCUCAACCUUCGCAACCAAAAUUUUGCCCAGGACUUCGGGCCGGUGCAAGAAGGCUGCACUUGCACCAUCUGUCGACCCAAAGAUCAGGGUGGUCUAGGAAUUACACGGGCCUACAUACAUCAUUUAGCGGCCAAGGAAACGGUUGGCGCUCAUCUCCUUACAAUUCAUAACGUUCAUUAUCUACUUUCCCUGAUGGGCGCUGCGCGACAGGCUAUCUUGGAGGACCGAUUCCCGGCAUUUUUACGGGAGUUCUUCAGCAAGCUUUAUGGAGAAAAAUCUAAAGCCCCUAAUACCAAAAAGCUUUCCCACAAUAAAUAUCAGAAGAUACCGGCAAAGAUGUCACCCUCCGCUGAGACACCAUCAACCGGCACAAGCAACGGCAGCACACCGAACCCAACACACAACCCCAACCAUGAAGAACACCAAUAUCUCAACCUCAUCCGCACGAUCCUCGCCUCAGGCGAAUACCGACCCGACCGCACAGGCACAGGCACACGCUCCAUCUUCGCACCCCCUCAGCUCCGCUUCUCGCUCUCCAAACCGGCUCCCAACCCAGCCGAUGACCCCAUUCCCGUCCUCCCCCUCCUGACCACCAAACGCGUCUUCCUCCGCGCCGUCGUCGCUGAGCUCCUCUGGUUCAUCUCCGGCUGCACCUCGUCCCUGCCGCUCUCCGACCAAGGCGUCAAGAUCUGGGACGGUAACGGCAGCCGCGAGUUCCUCGACAAAGUCGGCCUGGGCCACCGCGACGUAGGCGACCUCGGUCCCGUAUACGGGUUCCAAUGGCGACACUUCGGGGCCGAGUACGUCGACGCCAAAACCGACUACACGGGCCAAGGAGUUGACCAGCUCGCCGAGGUCGUGCACAAGUUGAAAUAUACCCCUUUCGACCGCCGCAUUAUCAUGAGUGCCUGGAACCCCGCUGAUCUCAAGAAGAUGGCCCUCCCGCCCUGUCACAUGUUCGCCCAGUUCUACGUCUCCUACCCCAAUGGUCAAGACCAGAAGGGUCAUCUCCAUUGCCAGCUCUAUCAGCGCUCGUGUGAUGUGGCUCUCGGCGUGCCGUUUAAUAUUGCCUCCUACGCUCUCUUGACGCAUAUGCUCGCUCAUGCCGUGGACUUGCAUCCCGGUACCUUCGUUCAUGCCAUGGGUGAUACCCAUGUCUACCUGGACCAUGUCGAGCCCUUGCAGGAGCAGCUGGUGAGGGAGCCGACCGAGUUCCCGGAGUUGAAGAUUCGUCGCGAUGAUCGGGGUAGUGGGGUGGUUGAUAGCUGGACGCCGGAGGAUUUUGAGGUCGUCGGAUAUAACCCUCAUAAGGCUAUCAAGAUGAAGAUGAGCGUUUAG